AUGGCGCUCGUCGGCGCCGCCGAGAAGUUGGACUCGCACAACCUGCGAGACUUUCUGCGAAUCAAGGACGACGAUCGCCGAGCCAAUCUCGACCAGAGUACCUCAACAACCGUCGCAGGAGGCAGCCGCCACAGCCCUUCCGGCAUCACAUUACUCGCCAUCCUCAGCGAGAGGAGAUCUACUGCGCCGGAACCGGCUCCUCCCACCGACGAGCCGCCGCUGCAGAGUGUCCAGUCGAACCGGACGCUGUUGGACAUAAUCCGAGAGGACCAGACCUCCGGCCCGAGAGACGGGCGGCGGAGCUGGCGGCAGCUGAGGGAAAAGAUCGGCCUCCGUACCAGAGGCGGCUCCGCCUGGUCCUCUACCGCACCCGUCCUGCUCGGAGGCAACCACCGGGAGAUGAUGGUGAUGACUCGUCGGCCUUCGACCCGGUUCGAUCUGACCGAUUCAACUCUGCCCGGUCCGAGUCCGGGGCGCUCGAGCGAAAGAUUCGAGAAUUUGGGCUCACCACAACCCCAGAGGGCGGAGCCGCCUGUGAGGAUGUCGUUGAUGGCCCUACUGGCGGAGAACGAUCGGCAGAUGAGAUUGGAGAGUUCGGCGUGCGUUUCGGGUGAUGGCCGAGGGGAGGUGGAGGAUAGCGUAGCCGUGGGCGGCGGCGGAGGGUACAACGGCUGCUGCGUGUGCAUGGUGAGGCAUAAGGGCGCGGCUUUUAUCCCCUGCGGCCAUACCUUUUGCAGGCUGUGUUCCCGGGAGCUUUGGGUACAAAGGGGAAAUUGCCCACUCUGCAAUAAUUACAUUUUAGAGAUUCUUGAUAUCUUUUGA